AUGGAGACCAUAUCGCGUCGACGACAUCAAUCAACGUUGGCGCAGGCGGUGUCAGCUGCCCAACACGUGCUCAAUGGAACUCCCAAGACAGAUCCCCGGCUUGCAGGAGUUUCGGUGGAUCCUCUCCGGAUUGUAGGGAAAGAGCUGAAGUUCCUCACAAAAAACAUACAGCAGUUGCUGGGAUCUGGGCAUCCAAUGCUAGAUACAGUGGCGAAAUACUACACUCACUCUGAAGGGAAACAUAUACGACCUUUGCUCGUUCUCCUGAUGUCCCAAGCGACUGCUUUCACACCCAGAGCAUCACGGCACCCCUCUAUACCUACGGCAUCUACGAUUGAUAACCCAAUCUCACCUCCUGCGGUCCUUUCAGAUGUCAAUCCGUCCUCUCCGUCUAAUGAUCCGCUCUCUGCUGGCUCAAUCGAGGCUGCAUAUAAUUCAGAAGGCUCCGAUAUACUUCCCUCACAGAGACGGCUAGCAGAGAUAACGGAGCUUAUACACACCGCUUCAUUGCUCCACGAUGACGUGAUUGACAAUUCUGUCGUCCGGAGAUCUUUGCCCUCGGCGAAUGUGUCCUUUGGGAACAAGAUGGCGGUCCUAGCAGGGGACUUUCUUCUAGGGAGAGCUUCAGUGGCGUUAGCGAGACUCAGGGACGCGGAGGUGAUUGAACUCUUGGCCACCGUGAUAGCGAACCUCGUUGAAGGGGAAUUCAUGCAAUUGAAAAACACUGCUUUGGAUGAAACAAACCCCACGUGGACAGAGGACACCCUUUCGUACUACAUCCAAAAGACUUACCUCAAAUCGGCAAGUCUAAUUAGCAAAUCCUGUCGAGCAGCUGCAUUGCUCGGCCAGAACUCCCCAGAAACGGUAGAAGCAGCCUACUCGUAUGGCAAGAACCUGGGUUUAGCCUUCCAGCUCGUCGACGACAUGCUCGACUACACGACCACCAGCGAAUCUCUUGGAAAACCCGCCGGGGCAGAUCUGGAGCUCGGUUUAGCAACCGCGCCUUUGCUUUUCGCCUGGAGAGACAACCAGCAGCUAGGCGUCCUCGUUGGCCGAAAGUUCGCUGUAGACGGAGACGUGCAAAUGGCAAGGGACCUGGUAGCGCGCAGUGACGGUCUGGAACAGACCCGGGCAUUGGCGCAGGAUUAUGCUGAUAAAGCUGCUUAUGCUAUCUCCAGAUUCCCGGACUCGGAGGCCAAGGAAGGGCUGCUAGAGAUGUGCGUGAAGACGAUGAAGAGAAGGAAAUGA